AUGAAUGUUACAACGAGAUGUCAACCUUUCGUUUCACAACUAAAAGAUGACCGAUCGAAUAAAUCUUUUAUUUUUCUAUCUACAUUUUGGAUAACUUUGCCUGAUCUUUCAGCUCAAGGUUGCAGAGCGCUCCAGUUCGUUUCACCCAGGGAAGGGAAAGCUCUCGUAAAUCACGUGAUCAAGAACGUUUCGGUCGGAAGCUCAGACGUCUGUGAAAUCGAAUGUUACCUUGACAACCGCUGUUUGUCUUACAACUAUGGUGACCAGGGGAAUGUGCGCCACAAGUGUGAGCUGAGCGAUUCAGACCAUAAACAACAUCCUAAUGAUCUCCAAGAACGGCUGGGAUAUAUCUACCGGGGAACCGAGGUACACAUUAUAAAAGUUAAUCUAAGAGAGACUGACUAUAAAGUGUGUCUCACUUUCCGUGGAACCCUUCCAUGCUUAAGUCUUUAACUCCAAGAGAUAGUUAACAUGUAGUAUCUCCCUACAAUAUCAAUACACUAUCCAGCAAACAGGUAAUGAGAAUACUCAAACGUAUCAAGUAGAAGUUGUUAUCUUGACCUAACAGCAAUUUCUCGGAACUAGUUUAAAGGGGAAAUAUCUAUAAAUAGCAACUAGAAGGAAGAAUUUACAACCCUGGGAGUUAACCAACUAUUUUUUGCAUAUUAUUGGGGACCUUACGUAGUAAGAACAGCAACGCUGCGGAACACGUCGCUUGAAAAAAUGAAUUUAUUUAGAAUUUGGCAAAUGGCCGAAGGUGUCUACCAUCUCUUACAGCGCUACAUUUCUGCUUCAGCACAAGGUCUAUGAGCAGCGUUGAGUUCAAAAUAGAAACCUGAAUUAUUGUCUGUCGGGGUUUCUCCUCUCAGAUCACGCAAAUUUUGGUGAUUUCACGUUGCUGUUUUGCAGAGGACGGCAAAGAAAUGUACAAAUUUUUAAAACACACGUGCUGAUCUUUUGGAUAGUCAAAAGAAAAAGAGCCUUUGAUUACCUAAAUACAGUCAGCCUAUAGUACAUGCAUGUACUGAUCAGUCAGAAAAGAAUGGCAUUUAUUUCUUCUCCGACAGAAUGAAUGUUCCAGUAACCCGUGCUCUUUAAAUGGCAAAUGUGUCAUCGAUGUAGCUGACAAUAAAUACCGCUGUCACUGUCAUCCAGGUUACUAUGGAGACCACUGCGAGCAAGGUAAGGAUUGUUCUGCAAUGUCGUGUAUUGAAACAGCAUUUGAGGCAUAUUUUACACAAUAGCAUGUUUAAAGUUUUUAAAUUUUGUUUUGCUUUGUUUUGAUUUCUUCAUGUAACUUUCUGCUUUUCCAUCAUUUUGAUUCAAUUUGAUUCAAAAUAAUGUAUUCAAAAUCGGACUCGAACAGACUCCUUUAAUGUAAACAUUAAACAAGGACAGCCGAGCUAUACAUCGUGACCGCUUCAAAACUUUUUAGUCGAUGGGUGGCUCAAACAAAUCUGAAACUGACAGAAGGACAUUUUAUUCCUAUGAUAAAAGAAUAAAUAUAAGUGAGGUGCUUUUGCCCAGAUUUCUGUUCUUAAUUAUGCAAUUGGUAAGAGUUCUUUAUAAAGUGUGAUUGUCCGAGUCAAAUAUUAGCUAGAGGGACUGUAUUUUUCUUCUCAGUUAUUUUAGUUGAAUGGAAGAAAAUCAGCGAUGCACCAGUUUGCUUCGGAGCGCGUGAUAACAAAUAUGGAGUAUUCACCAUUAAAGAGAACGGGCUCAUUGACACCUUCAAACUCGUUCACGCAAGCGGCUCCGGCGUAAGAUGCAACUAUUAUGCACUGGCAUCCUAUUGGGGUUGUGAGAAUAGACAAGAUGGUCGUGACACCUUACUGACUGUCAUAACUUUCUCGAAUAACACAGCUCUUCCGAUUGCGAGUUACUCCAAGGAAGUUGGCAUUAUGGGAGGGCUUUGUUCGUACUACACGUAUAAGAUCAAUGGAACUACGUCUGAUUCAAAGGAAUUGAUCUUUGAAGGCCUUCAUUCGCCGCUUUGGGUGACAAUCGGCCAAGAGUUUAGAAUAUGGCAUGGACAAGAUCUGACAGGUUGUAGCGAGAUCAAUAACAGUGGUCAAACUUGUGCCGACGUCUAUGCUUGGUACACGCACUAAACCACUCUCAAUGGCAGUUGUACGCACGGAAGGACGGACGUACGAAUAUGAACGAACGACGAAUGAGCGGACGAAAGAACGCGAUGAAGCAAAACAUGUUUUAUUACCUUUGCAAGAGUUGGUGUAAAUCAAAAAUAAAUAGCGAAAGAAAAGCCCAGGUGCAUUUGUUGUUUAACAUAGCAUUGUACAAGACACCGUCACGCAAUCACCCUACCGAUCAAGAGGACAGAGAAGAUUUUCCUCGGGAUUUUUGGGGCCACUUGGUUAUUGAAUUUAGUUAGAACAGCGUCGGUACACCAUCGUAAAACACUCAGGGUCCAAGAAUACCGAUUAGAGAUGCGAGUAGAGAGGGGGGGGGGAUUACACAAUUACAGUGAUACACUAACAAAUUCCAAACCUAAAGCAAUGACAGUCCAGUGCAUCUCGUCGCUCGGGGUGCAGGGAAGUCGUAAGCUUUAAAAAAUUGCAAGAUAACUUUACUUGCCAAAGAAAUAUACUUACGUAGGAUGAUCGAGCAAUAAGAAAUGAUCAUUGCUCUGAUUACCAUGCCCUCUGUAUUUUGGUUGUUCUCCCUCUACCCAGAUGUUUCUUUUAUCAUUCCUGGCCCUGUUGAACUCCCUGCCAAAUCCCUAUAAUUUCCAUUUUUUAUUAGUGUAUCUCCUAUACCUCCGCCGCUCCGACUCAUGCUAUGUUUGAAGCUAGCUUUAGUCAAUACCGUGAUUGGUACAGUUGCUUAUCUUUCUCACGGAGUAGAAUUUUCUAACCCUGCCUACCCCCAGACACCCGCCCGGAGAAAAAAUCGUAUGAAAUGCUUCAUGCAAUUGUCUUGUGCCAAAUAAUGUGCUAAGCUGUGAAUCCACCAGUGAUAAGUUGAAAGUCAUUUGAAUACUUUACAGCUUUUUUCAAAUCAUGCUAUUAGCUGUAAAUGAACUUUCAAAACGUUAUUCAUGCUUCUGAAAUCGCGUCUUUCCAACACGCUGAAACAACUUAAACCAUUUGAAAUCCUUCAUAGUAAUGCAACGACUGUUUUUCAUUGAACAGCGAUUGGAAAUUUUCAUUAACAGAGUCAUGUCAUAAAUAUUUCAAUAAAUUUCUGCUUGGCAAAGGUUGUUUUUUAGUUAGACAUAAAUUAUUCAAGAGGGUUAUGCCUUAAUCUUCUCUUUUUUUCAUUUUUCUGAAGCCAGGAGAGAAGAAUUAUUUGCCAACAAUAAGCAGAGAAGAAGAUAUAACAUCCAUGAAGAUGGGACAAAGAUAUUUUACAGGAAUCGUAUCGUUGACAAUCUGCAGUAUCUGGAUGUUUGGAGAAGCUUUGAAUGGUAAGAAGUUAACAAAAUGAGGAAUCCUCUCAGACAAAAUCGAAAAAUUCAGUCUUUACAGUCUUGCUCCUUAACAAUUUUUGCAAUUUUCUUUCCUUUUUCAAAGGCACGUACGUUUUCUUUUGAAUGUAAAAUAGUAGAGAUAGUUACCUACUCAUUAUAAAAGACAGAAGUAUCGAUGGAAGUUCAAACAAGUUCGGAAGCAAAUGCAUUCAAGCAUGAAAUUAUAUUCUUGUCUAGACAAAGUCCUGUGAAUAACAACUGCAGGACAAAUUAUUAAUUGCUUCAGACCUUGGAAUACAAGGAAGAGUUCUUUGAUAUAAGCGGUAUAAUCUACACUAUUGUCUGAUGUGCAAAAGCAGUGAUCAAAUGUAUAGUUAGUUCAUCAGGAGUCUGAACAACCUUUAAACUUUGGAAUACAGUGUGCUAAUUUGAUAGUAAUUAAGCAUCCUGCUGGGAACUAAACGUUUAAAAAUGAAAAUGUUACUUAACUUGCAAAAAAAAAAUCUGGUUGAAUUUAACAAAUUCAAACAUUACUAAGAUGUUUCAAGGGGCCAGGAAAUUAUCUCAAGAGGAUAACUGCAGUCAGCAAGCAGAAACGGCUGCUACGUAAACUUGUAAAGGAGCCGAGUCUCACCUUCUUGGCGAGGCCGAACUUUAUAAGAAUUGCAAGAAAGAAACGAGGCCAACAUAGAGUAAACUCAGUUUUUCGAAAAAGCUUGCUUAAUUAGAAUUUACUCUAUGGCUAAAAUAUUGCGCCAACAAUUUCUCUUUGUUGUCAAGAAAAGUUAAUGAAUCCUAGAAAAUCAAUCUUAAAUUUAAGCGAUCUUCAAAAAAUUCAGGCCUAUGAGGGAGAUGAACCCACGACCUUUGCCGAUACCGGUACAAUGCUCUACCAACUUUGUUUCACUAUGACCUGAGUAGUGUUCAUUUCUGUGGAGAUCACUCAUACUCAUUUAAUAACCCGCAGCUCACGCAUAAGAUUUUCAUAAAAUCACAUUCAUUAAAAAUAAAUUUUGUAAAUUUGAUCAGCUCCUGCUUUAAUCAUAGUAGUUGCGGGCGAGCAUUUUCUUCCACGAUUUUUAGGAUUUUUUAACGCGAAUAGCUUUGGAGAGAAGAAGAAAUGUCUUCAAUCUACCGAGGGUAUUUGUGUGAACAACUUCGAGGUUGAAAUCAGUGCAAACUCACCUCCACGAUUAAGGCUCCCGCUCGAGAUUUGUAAGAAAGGUCGAAAUUGCUCUCUGAAUUUGAAAAGUUGAUUGAUCAGGAGAAGUUUCUUCGAAAAGGAAAAACAAUUAGAUGAUGCUGACAAAUUCGUAUAAUUAUUAAUUAAUGUUACACCGAAAAUUUCAACUUCUCCGUUUCACAAUAAAAGAUGACCAACCAAAUAAUUCAUUCAUUAUUUUCAGCUACAUCUUAGAUAACUGUGCCUGAUAUUUCAGUUCAAGGUUGCAGAGUGCUUAAGUUCGCUUCACCCAAGGUAGGAAAGGCUCUCGUCAAUCACGUGAUCAAGAACAUUUCAGUGGGAAGCCCAGAUGUCUGUGAAAUCGAAUGUUACCUUGACAACCGGUGCUUGUCUUUCAACUAUGGUGACCAGGGGAAUGUGCGCCACAAAUGUGAGCUGAGCGAUUCAGACCAUAAACAACACCCUCGUGAAUUACAGCAACGACUGGGGUUUAGCUACAGAGGAACUGAGGUAUUUAACUGCUAGCAAAUGCUGAUGAAAUUAAAGUAAUCUACAGUGCCCUUUGUGCAUGAUGGUAUUGCCCCCAUGAUGCAACGAGAUAUGAGUUACAACCAUAUACUCGAUCUUAAUGGUGUCUAUAUUACAUUAAAUCUCGUUGUGUUAGACUCAUUGCCGUUUUUCUUUUUUCUCAAUCUACAUUAUCAACGACAAAUGGUACAGAAAAUUCAGGAAAUUCUUGUAAACACCGGCAAGAAAACAGUUUUUUAUGUAACCCUCACAAUCCAACGGUUCCGUCACCGAAAGCAAGCGGUGAUUACACCGGCAAAAUCGAUCCAUUUAUUCUUAAUUACAAUGAAAAAAACCAAGCAUAACGGAAAAGAUGAAACAAAGACUUCACCUCUCGGAGUAAGAUUACUUUUAUUUGUUACGUAACAAGGCGCGGUUUGAUCAUCAGAUCAAACUAAUACAUCGUACACGCUGAUGCUGAAUCAAGUUAAAAGAGAGUGUUGCUUAUUCAUGCUUCAUUUUUCAUAUGUAACAGAACGAUUGCUCCAGUAACCCGUGCCCUGAAAAUAAAAAGUGUAUCAUCGAUGUGUCUGAUAAUGAGCACCGCUGCCAAUGUUUCCAAGGUUUCUCUGGAGAACAUUGCGAGCCGGGUAAGAAUGUUUAAUAUGGCUGAGUUGUUCAUAAAAAUUUGGGGAGGGGGGGAGGGAUGGGAGGUAGGGGGUUCUCGCAUAGCGAGCUUAUUACUUAGUCUUGUAUUUAGACCUCUCACGGCCAAGCGGUCGUAAUUUCAGCAGCGAUUACACGGUAGAAUCUGGGUACGAGAUUACUCAUUACCUCAUAGAUGCUUCUAGGACUCAAUUUGUCUUCUUUUCCUUAGACAGAACAGGUGGAUGGAGGAAAAUCAAUGAUGACCCAGUGUGCUUUAGCGCGCUUGAUGACAGAUACGGAGCAUUCACCAUUAAAGAGGACGGGUUUAUCGACUCCUUCAAACUCGUCCAUAGACGCGGCCGCGGCAUAAAAUGCAACCGAAAUUUCCCGGCUGCCUAUUGGGGUUGUUUAAACAGAAAUAAUGAGCCUGAUAUCUUAACUACUGUCAUAACUUUCUCGAAUAACACUGCUCUUCCGAUUGCGAAUUACUCCGAGACAAUUAGCGACACUGGAGCUUUGUGUCGAUACUACGCAUACAGGAUCAGCGGAGUUGACGUGAACUCCAAGGAAUUGAUCUUUGAGGGCCUUGACUCACCGCUUUGGGUGAAAAUUGGUGAGGAGUUCAGGAUUUGGCAUGGACACGAUCUUGUGGAUUGCGAUGAAGAAAACAACAGCGGUCACACAUGUGCUGAUGCAUACGCUUGGUAUUUCUAG